AUGCCGCCAGCCGGGCUCCGCGGGGCCGCGCCGCUCGCCGCGGUCGCGCUCCUGGUGCUGGGGGCGCCCCUGGCUCUGGCUGGCGAGGACUGCCUGUGGUACUUGGACCGGAAUGGCUCCUGGCAUCCGGGCUUCAACUGUGAGUUCUUCACCUUCUGCUGCGGGACCUGCUACCAGCGGUACUGUUGCCGGGACCUGAGCCUGCUCAUCACCGAGAGGCAGCAGAAGCACUGCCUGGCCUUCAGUCCCAAGACCAUAGCGGGCAUCGCCUCGGCCGUGAUCCUCUUUGUGGCCGUGGUCGCCACCACCAUCUGCUGCUUCCUCUGCUCCUGCUGCUACCUCUACCGCCGGCGCCAGCAGCUGCAGAGCCCGUUUGAAGGCCAGGAGAUCCCCAUGACAGGCGUCCCUGUGCAGCCAGUGUACCCAUACCCCCAGGACCCCAAAGCCGGCCCUGCACCCCCACAGCCUGGCUUCAUGUACCCACCCAGCGGUCCUGCACCCCAGUAUCCACUCUACCCGGCGGGACCCCCCGUCUACAACCCUGCAGCUCCUCCCCCGUACGUGCCACCCCAGCCCUCCUACCCUGGAGCCUGA